AGGGCUUUUUAGACAAUGCCGACCCAGGUGGUCCGGGGACGGCGACCCAGGUAUAAAAGUGACCGGGCCGGGGAUGAACUGUACACAGCGCCCGAUAUCUUCAUCCAUCAAUCCAUCCCUCCAGCCGAGGACACCAACGCAAACAUGACCAUGGGCAAGAUCAUCUUCUACGAGGACAGGAACUUCCAGGGCCGGUCGUACGAGACCAGCAGCGACUGUCCCGACAUGACCUCCUACCUGAGCAGGUGCCACUCCUGCAGGGUGGAGAGCGGCUUCUUCAUGGUCUACGACCGCUCCAACUUCAUGGGCAACCAGUACUUCGUCAAGAGGGGCGAGUACUCCGACUACCAGCGCAUGGGCAUGAGCGACUGCAUUAAGUCCUGCCGCAACAUCCCCAUGCACAGGGGCCAGUUCAGGAUGAGGAUCUACGAGAAGGAGAACUUCGGCGGGCAGAUGCACGAGAUGACGGACGACUGUGACAACAUGAUGGAGCGCUACCGCAUGUCCGAGUGCCAGUCCUGCAACGUGAUGGACGGCCACUGGCUGAUGUACGAGCAGCCUAACUACAGGGGCAGGAUGAUGUACAUGAAGCCCGGAGAGUACCGCAACAUGAGGGACAUGGGCAUGAGCGGCUCCACUCGCUUCAACUCCUUCAGGCGCAUCACCGACUCCUGUUAGCCUGCUAGCCUGUUAGCCUGUACGGCCGUUAGCUAGAUACAAUAAAACUAUUGGCUUGAAUCACA